UCAGCUAUAAGGCUCGAGCUGACAGCAAACUCUGGAUCUUUCGCCGAUGUCCGCCAUGCGUCGGCAUCUGUGAGAAGGAAGGUAUUGGUCUCAUCGAGCUGGCUAUCGAAGCCCCUGAGACUCUCGGUUUAGCAAGUAGAAGCAGGUCUUUGCACAGCUUGGUAGCCCCGAACUCAAGCUGACCUCGCUUGCUGCCACACAAAGCUCGACUCAUGUGACUCUGCGCCAGGGUCACUCCGGCUUACCACAUGUCGAACUCGGCCUUGCACGUCCGACGGGCCCAGAAAUAGCCCAGGCCCUCCGAGUGGUCCGGUCCGUCCGGGCAGUCCUGGAUUUGUCUUUAUAACCGAACCGAGUUGACAUCUCAUAGUCUGUUCAGAAGAGAUGCCAAGGUCGGUCCCCGGCAACACAUAACGUUGACUAUUAUGACUCGUACAUAAGUGUCGUUCCCGGACGGAAAACCACAGGCUUCUGGGCAGGCAUAGAAACCCUGAAGGGAAAACUGCAGCAGCUCAACAUUAACCCCGGCUGGGCUGUUGGGGAUAAGCUCUCCCGCUGCAAGUCCUCACGGGGUUUGAGGCUUGGGAUGGACGGAUUCAACAGGGGGAUGGGUCGAAUUGCAGAAUGGCAUGUGAAGAAAUGGAACCUGGAGAAAGGGAACUGCUGGGGGUACUAGCGCCCCCGCUCUCGGCAAAACAGACGGCUGUGGAGAAUGGAAUGCGGCCACUGGCAACCGCGUGUGCCUCGGCUUAACAGUCCGGCAGCACUGGGACACAGGGGGACAGGGGUCAUCUGGCUGCCCUCCAGCACACCUGCCGACGUCAAAGGACACCCACGGGUCUUUAUUAGAAGACAGAUGCAUCCGGCUCGUUAUUAACCGCCAUUCGUAUAGUUUUACCUCACGAAUCUAAUCCCUCUCCUUUUCCUUCACCACCAUUCCUCACACCACACAUACACAAUGGCGGAACAGUUGAGAUACGACGGCCAAGUCGUUGUCGUCACCGGCGCUGGCGGCGGUCUCGGCAAGGCUUAUGCCACUUUCUUUGCGUCUCGCGGCGCCAGUGUCGUUGUCAACGACCUCGGCGGCUCUUUCAAGGGCGAGGGUAACGACUCCAAGGCUGCCGAUGUUGUCGUCAACGAGAUCAAGGCCGCCGGUGGCAAGGCCGUUGCCAACUACAACAGCGUCGAGGAUGGUGACAAGAUCAUCGAGACUGCUAUCAAGGCUUUCGGCCGCAUCGAUAUCCUCAUCAACAACGCCGGUAUCCUCCGCGAUGUCAGCUUCAAGAACAUGAAGGAUGUGGACUGGGACCUCAUCAUGAAGGUCCACGUCAAGGGCAGCUACAAGUGCGCUCGUGCCGCCUGGCCUCACUUCCGCAAGCAAAAGUUCGGUCGCGUCAUCAACACCGCUUCUGCUGCUGGUCUGUUCGGCAACUUCGGCCAGGCCAACUACUCCGCCGCCAAGCUCGCCAUGGUUGGCUUCACGGAGACUCUCGCCAAGGAGGGUGCCAAGUACAACAUUAUCUCCAACGUCAUUGCUCCCAUUGCUGCCAGCCGCAUGACCGAGACCGUCAUGCCCCCAGAUGUUCUCGCGCUCAUGAAGCCUGAGUGGGUUGUGCCCCUCGUUGCCGUUUUGGUUCACAAGAACAACACUAGCGAGAGCGGUUCUAUCUUCGAGGUCGGUGGUGGUCACAUCGCCAAGCUCAGAUGGGAGAGGUCCAGCGGCCUGCUCCUCAAGUGCGACGACACCUACACCCCUGGUGCCAUUCUCAAGAAGUGGAACAAGGUCACCGACUUCUCCAACCCACAAUACCCCAGCGGACCCAACGACUUCCUCACCCUUUUGGAGGAGUCUCAGAAGCUCGGCCCCAACGAGCAAGGUGAGAAGAUUGACUUCACUGGCCGUGUUGCUCUCGUCACGGGUGGCGGUGCUGGUAUCGGCCGUGCUUACUGCUUGGCCUUUGCCCGUGCUGGCGCUUCCGUUGUUGUUAACGAUCUCGUUAACCCCGACGAUGUUGUCAAUGAGAUCAAGGCCAUGGGUGGAAAGGCUGUCGGUGCCAAGUACUCCGCCGAGGACGGUGAUGCUGUUGUCAAGGUUGCCAUUGACACCUUUGGCCGUAUCGAUAUCGUAAUCAACAACGCCGGUAUCCUUCGCGACAAGGCUUUCACCAACAUGGACGACAACCUCUGGGACCCAGUCAUGAACGUCCAUGCCCGCGGUACCUACAAGGUCACCAAGGCUGCCUGGCCCUACUUCCUCAAGCAGAAGUACGGCCGUGUUGUCAACACCACCUCCACCAGUGGUAUCUAUGGCAACUUCGGCCAGGCCAACUACGCUGCUGCCAAAUGCGCCAUUCUCGGCUUCUCUCGCGCUCUUGCGCUCGAGGGUGCGAAGUACAACAUCUUCGUCAAUACUAUCGCCCCCAACGCCGGUACUGCCAUGACCAAGACCAUCCUUCCCGAGGAGCUUGUCCAGGCCUUCAAGCCCGACUACAUCGCUCCUCUCGUCCUCGCUCUCUCCAGCGACAAGGUUCCCAACCCCACCGGUGGCCUCUACGAGGUUGGCAGCGGUUGGGUCGGCCAGACCAGGUGGCAGCGCACUGCUGGUCACGGCUUCCCCGUCGACGUUCCCCUGACUCCUGAGGAGGUUGUCAAGAACUGGAACGACAUCAUCACCUUUGACAACCGCGCCGACCAUCCCGCGAAGACCCAGGACAGUCUCGAGAAGAUCAUGGCGAAUAUGGAGAACAAGUCCGGCUCGGGAAAGAGCGCCGGCGGCGAUAACAAAUACCUCCAAGCCCAGCAAGAAGCCCUCAAGACUGAGAGCAAGGGAACUGAGUUCAACUACACUGAGCGCGACAUCAUGCUCUACAACCUUGGUAUCGGUGCCAAGCGCACCGAUCUCCGCUACGUAUUUGAGGGUGCUGAGGACUUCCAGGCCAUCCCCACCUUCGGCGUCAUUCCCCCAUUCGAUACCGAGUUCCCCUACUCGUUUGACGACCUCGUUCCCAACUUCAACCCCAUGAUGCUCCUCCACGGCGAGCAGUACCUCGAGGUCAAGAAGUACCCAGUCCCCACCGCCGGCAAGCUCAUCUCCAAGGGUAAGCUCAUCGAGGUUGUUGACAAGGGCAACGCCGCUAUUGUCAGGCAAGGAAUCACCACCACCAACGCUGAGACUGGCGAGGAGAUCUUUUACAACGAGAUGACCGUCUUCCUCAGAGGGUGCGGUGGUUUCGGUGGGCAGAAGAAGCCUGCUGACCGUGGCGCCGCUACCGCUGCCAACAAGCCCCCCGCUCGCACCCCGGAUGUCGUUGUCGAGGAGAAGACCACUGAGGAGCAGGCCGCCAUCUACCGGUUGUCCGGUGACUACAACCCCCUCCACAUCGACCCCGGCUUCGCCAAGAUGGGUGGCUUCAAGGUGCCCAUCCUCCACGGCCUGUGCUUCUUUGGUAUUGCUGGCAAGGCCGUCUACGAGAAGUUUGGCAAGUUCAAGAACGUCAAGGUCAGAUUUGCGGGCACAGUAAACCCCGGUCAGACCCUCGUCACCGAGAUGUGGAAGGAAGGAAACAAGGUCAUCUUCCAGACCAAGGUCAAGGAGACUGGCAAGCUGGCUAUUGGCGGUGCCGCGGCGGAGUUGCUUUAAUUCAAGUGAUGAUAGAACGUGGGUGUAAAUAAAUUUGAGGGACAGAAUGUGUAUGAUUAUAGUAAAGCUGAAGGAGUCAGACAGACAGAUAUCAUAAUUGGAUAGGAAUGGAAGUGUGGUCCAGUCACACAGAUUUUAUGUUUACACCUUCCAGGUUUCUGUUGACA